CAUAGUCAUGAGAAAGAGACUGGACUCAGAGUGACUGGCGGUCAUUCGGCACUCUCUUCACUCUCCAGGCUUCUGCUUCCACCAUUGGGGCAGCAGACGCCAUUCUGCCAACCCACAGUCAUUACACUCAGCUCAAACUCAGGAUCUUAUUCCAGCUUUUCUCACUGGAUGUUGUGGACUGAGCAUCUCAACAUCUGAAGUAGUGCGACAACACCAUGCAGGCCCAGGAUCUCUUGAGACAGCUGCGGAUGCCCGAGAUCAGCGAUGUGCGGCAGUAUGUGCGUGCUCUGCCCACCAACACACUCAUGGGCAUGGGAGCGCUGGCGGCCGUCACCACCUACUGGUACGCCACGCGACCCAAGGCCCUCAAGCCGCCCUGCGACCUCACCAUGCAGUCCACUGAGAUGCCGGGGAACGAAUUCAUCAGGGGCUCCGUUCUGCUGGAGGAGGGCCAAGACUUGAUGACUCAUUUCUAUGACGAUGCACAAACGUUGUAUGAGGUGUUCACGCGAGGAGUGAGAGUGUCCAAUAAUGGGCCUUGCCUUGGCUCCAGAAAACCCAAUUUGCCUUAUGAAUGGAUGUCAUAUAAAGAGGUACAAGCCAUGGCAGAGAACAUAGGCUCAGCUCUUCUCCAAAGAGGUCACUCCCAGAGCGGUGAUAAGUUCAUCGGUAUCUUUGCACAGAAUCGUCCAGAGUGGACAAUCUCGGAGUUGGCGUGUUACACAUACUCUCUGGUGGCCGUUCCUCUCUACGACACACUUGGGACAGAGGCCAUCGACUACAUCAUCGAGAAGGCUUCCAUCGGCACGAUCAUUUGCGACGUGCCUAACAAGGCCCAGCUGAUCCUGGAAUGUGUCUCGAACCGUCAGCACACCAUCCGCACCAUCGUCCUGAUGGAGGCCUUUGACAGCGACCUGGUGGCCCAGGCGCAGACCUGUGGCAUCGAGGUCAUCAGCCUCAAGGACCUGGUGGAACAAGGAAAGGCUAACCACAAAGAACCUUUGCCGCCCAAACCACAAGAUCUGGCCAUUAUCUGCUUUACCAGUGGAACCACAGGAAACCCGAAGGGUGCAAUGCUAACGCAUAGAAACGUUGUGUCCAAUACUGCUGCUUUCAUCAGAGUAACACAGGUGCACUGCAUGCUGGACCAGAGUGACAUUCAUAUGUCCUAUUUGCCUCUAGCUCACAUGUUUGAGAGAGUAGUAGAGGGCGUCGUUCUUAUCCACGGGGCACGGAUUGGCUAUUUCCAGGGGGACAUUCGGCUGUUGAUGGAUGACUUGAAGACCCUGCAGCCAACCGUAUUCCCUGUAGUCCCCCGCCUACUUAACAGGAUGUUUGACAAGAUAUUUGGACAAGCAAACACCCCUCUGAAGAGAUGGCUCCUAGACUUUGCCUCCAGGCGGAAGGAGGCAGAGAUGAAGAGUGGAGUGGUGAGGAAAGACAGCAUGUGGGAUAAGCUCAUCUUCAGUAAAGUACAGGCCAGUUUGGGAGGGCGUGUUCGACUGAUGAUCACCGGUGCUGCUCCGGUCUCUCCCACGGUCCUCACAUUCCUGCGUGCCGCCCUGGGCUGCCAGUUCUAUGAAGGUUACGGCCAGACUGAAUGCACUGCAGGUUGCUCCAUGUCUCUGCCUGGUGACUGGACAGCAGGUCAUGUGGGUGCACCUCUGCCAUGUAACAACAUUAAACUUGUAGAUGUUGCUGACAUGAACUACCUUGCAGCCAAUGGAGAAGGAGAAGUAUGUGUUAAAGGACCAAACGUGUUCCAGGGUUACCUGAAGGACCCUGAGAAAACUGCUGAGGCAAUAGAUAAAGAUGGCUGGCUUCAUACGGGUGAUAUUGGAAAAUGGCUACCGAAUGGGACCCUGAAAAUCAUUGACAGGAAGAAGCACAUCUUUAAGCUGGCCCAGGGCGAGUACAUUGCCCCGGAGAAGAUUGAAAAUAUCUACACCCGCAGUGACCCGGUGGCCCAAAUAUUUGUGCAUGGAGACAGCCUGCAGGCCUGUCUAGUGGGAAUCAUAGUUCCAGAUCCCGAUUUCCUGCCUGGGUGGGCAAAAAAGAGGGGAAUCGAUGGCUCCUAUAUGGAGUUGUGCAAAAACAAGGAUCUUAAGAAUGCCAUUCUUGAAGACAUCAUUCGGCUUGGCAGAGAGGGUGGCCUUAAGUCUUUCGAGCAGGUGCGAGACAUUACCCUGCACCCACAGAUGUUCUCUGUCCAAAACGGCCUACUGACCCCCACACUGAAGGCCAAGAGGACAGAGCUGAAGAACCACUUCAGGGAGCAGAUUGACCAACUCUACGCCCGCAUCAAAAUGUGAUGUACCACUACCACUACCACAGCCACCAUGAUUAACACACCAAGGAAAACCACACGCUGGAAAAGAGAAGGAUGCAACCAAGGCCAGGCAAGAUGAAGAAGAGCAUCGCUAAGACAGGAGCUGUUGUAAUAUGAUUCCUUCCUGCUUUGCGUAUAUGACAACCGUGUGGACACCAAUGAUCGAGCAGCUGCCACUGACCUCCAGCGACUCCAUUAAUUAAUACUGUAAUGCUAAUCGUGAUGGAUAACAGCCACAUGCCUUAGUCAACA